AUGUACCGUACAUAUGGUCGACCCAAAGCGGGGCUCUGCGAUACCGCUACCAGCCAACGCACCAUCGAUGCAGAAGAGGAUGCAGUAGAGGACCGUAGCUUUCUUGGCCGCAACCACACGUUGUGAACGAACGCCAGUCGCUUCGGUUCCGUGUCUUGCCUAGCGAAUCUCGUCUUUGGAACGCGCCGAAUUUGCUGCCGCCUCACGGAGUUUGUUCUGUGUCCCCGUUGCACCGUACAAAUAAGUCAAGGAAGAGGCACACCAUGGCCGGCUCUCCGGCCCUUCCCCGCCAACAGGGAAUUUCCCGAGCGGCGGACCAGAGCCUCCCGGGGGAUCGGGAUGGUCCCGGUCCUUCGUCUUCUUCCGUCCCGGAGGUGCCGUGCCUCGGCAACCUACGGCACGUGGCACCGUAUUUCGUCGAGCGGGCGCUCCCGGUGGGCAGGCUAGCUGCGGGAAGAACCGUCGGGAAGGCCCUGGGGAUCGGAGGCGGCGGGGAGAAGAAGGAGCGAAGCUUCCCCGGGAGCAUCGUGAAAAACGCCGCGCUGAGGGACUGGUGGCAGGCGGAGCUCUCCGGGGGGCGGCUCUGGCUCCCGGAGGAAACCCGCGCACCGGCCGCGAAGAUGGCAGCGAGAAAGGGACCACCGUCGUUCCCUCAACAACCGAUGCGAAUCCAACACAGGCACGUCAACCGAGGAUCGCGGCGACCCCCGGCCACGUCGUCCGAGCCGGCGAGGUCCUGAGGGGCCGCUACCACUUCCACGAGCAGUCGGUCCUCGACCAGCCACCAUGGGCCCGGUUAGACGAGUGGGAGGUGAUCCGAGAGGAAGCUUCACGGUAGCAACAGCAAAACGAUCUGAAGCAGUCUCCUUCCUCUUUCAAUGAUGGCAUAACAUCGUAAGAAUCGCUCAGAAAAGAUUGCAUUAUAGUUGGAAUGCGGUGUAAACAAGAGCUGCAAUACGAAUCUGCUUUUGACCAUUACAUUUAUUGCGAUCAAGUUUGAGCAGUCUCCUAAUCGAUGUCCCUGAAGUUUUCACAAAGGACGAAAAAGCAAAAGUUCAGCGGCCCUAAAAUAUUAUGGUGCUCAAUUUAGAAAAUAGAUACUACAUGUAGGCGCGAAUUCGCAAAAUGCCAUUAAAUAAUAGCAGCCAAUGCGACGGCUACCAGGGCAGCAGCCGCAAUGGCACGCUCUUCGGUGGAAUCAACAUUGUAUGCGGACGCGCUGAGGCUGCCGAUGCGAUCGGCAUCGAAACGGUCCAAGUCAAGACUGACAGAGGUGACAAAGGAGCUGCUGCCGGGCUCCUCGGGAGAACCUUCCUGGAGUCCACGAGAUUUGGCCGCGAAACUUGCGUUCAAACGGCGACCUUGACCUUGAGGAGCUGCAGGUUUCUUGUAUAAGGUACACUGUUCAGGUCCUGAAAUAGUCUUGCACAACUCCGCAUACUCCUCAUUACCAAGGUAAUAUCCUGUCGUCUGAAAGCCAUCUUGUAAAAGAGCGUUGUAAGCAUCAAAGUGAUUUGCUACCCCAUGAGUGUAAGCACAAAUAAUCAAAGGUUCUUCAAAAGUUGUUGGCGCAUUAAAAGUAAACUUCAAUGCUUCUGGAAAUUGAGGGUCGAAUGUAUGCUUCGUCCAAAAAUCGUCCAGAGUUGGUGUUGCAAGUCAGCGAUGACAGAGUUGGCAAAGUGAGUACAGAAGUAUGUAUGAAUUUGUGCAAAUAUCAGUGUGCCUAUACAACUUACACCCCAUUCACUGUGAGCAAGAAAGUCCCCUCCCCCCAAACAUUUUUGCUCCACCUGCGGGUCAAAAGAAGUCGUUGCAUCAACAUAGCUGCCAUCAGGUUGCCUACCCAGAUGAUAUUCUACAGAUGGGUUCUCAUUGAUGGUGGGACCUGAAUUAUAGAAAGGAUACUCGAGUUUCGAGUCCCCAUUCCUAACGGCAAUAUUUGUAUAAUGUGGCAUAGCACCUUUGACACAGAAAGCAAUCUGGAGAUGUUUGUAUUCAUUGUCCAAAAGAAAAGGACUAUCAAUUUGAUAGAAACAAGUGGGGUUUUGAACAGGUGGGUCGUCGAUAUCAAAUGAAACGCUGCACUGAGAAGGCUGCUCGAUAGUCUUGCAAACCUCCAUGUGGUUUUCAGCAAAUACCAUCGGAGUCGUACCGUCGGCGUUCAGUGUUGGAACGAAGCCAUCCGACAUAAAAGGACCAAGAGCAUCAAUUUCUUUCUUGCCCCCCGAUGAUGUCUGUAGGAUAUCAGAUGGAACUUCCAUCUUAGGGUAUGCACAAACAGUCAA